AUGCACGAGAUCCAAACGGUGGCCAAGGAGUACAUAAAUGAAGAGGAAGUCAGCCAAGUCGUGGCUGCCAAUAAACGGCAGCCCGGCUACAACCAACCUAGGCAACAAGGUAAUGGAGAAAGACUAAAAGAACAAGCCAGGGAAGGAGCGCCGAGCAGGGCACCCAGGACAUUCCCCCGGGUCGGGAAAUUCACCAACUACACGCCGCUCACUCUUCCCAUCAUGGAAGUUUAUCAGCAAAUCGCCGGGAAAGGAAUCCUGCCGAAGCCCCGACCACUCAAGGACCGUACGGGAGGAAACAAGAACCUCUAUUGUGACUAUCACAAGGGCUAUGGCCACCAAACACAGGAUUGCUUUGACUUGAAGGAUGCACUAGAACAGGCGAUAAGGGAGGGUAAGCUGGCAGAAUUCUCCCAUCUUAUCAGGGUGCUAAGAAGGCGCCGUCGCGACCAAGACGAAGAAGGCAAAACCCGUUCGACGAAGCGGCGACAAGAACCAGAAGACGGAGACCACGGCCUCACCAUGGUAAACGUGGUGACGGCCAAAAACACCGGGCCAAGGUCACGAUCGGCGCACAAAAAAGAUGCUAAGAUCUUAGCGGUCUCCUUCUCGUUGAUGCGAAACUCUAAGAAGCCCCCCUCCAUUUCUUUCGGCCCAGAAGACCAAUGGUUCGACGACGCCCCUGAAAACCCACCCAUGGUCAUCACGGCCAGGAUAGGAACCGGCCUCGUUAAACGAAUCCUUGUCGACACGGGGGCAGACUCGAACAUCAUGUUCCGCAACGUAUUUGACGCGCUGGGACUAAGGGACGCCGACCUGACGACUCACCAGCACGGGGUCAUUGGACUGGGCGAUCACUUCAUCGAACCUGAUGGAGUGAUAUCCCUGCCGAUCUCAGUAGGACAGACUCAGGGCCGAAGGUCGGCGAUGGCCGAGUUCGUGAUCCUCCGAGAUUCCACCGCCUACAAUAUCAUCUUGGGAAGGAAAACCAUUAACGAUGUUGAAGCGAUAAUCAACACGAAGCUGCUAGUCAUGAAGUUCGUUACCAAUGACGGAUCUAUAGGGUCCAUAAGAGGAGACCUCGAGACAGCAGUCGCUUGCGACAAUGCCAACCUCUCCCUAAGGAAGAAAUCCAAAGAGGCGUCCGGCGUGUUCCUAGCUGACUUGGACGCCAGAGUAGACGACAAACCCAGACCGGAACCGGAGGGGGACCUGGAAAAAUUUGUGAUCGGUGACACGGAGGAAAAAUUCACGUUCGUCAACAAGAAUCUCCCGUACGAGUUGAAGGACCCCUUGGUCGAAAUGAUCAGGGCCAAUAGGGAUUUGUUUGCCUAG